UUUCCUCUACCAGAUAAUUCGAUGUCAAAUACCAAGUUAGAAAAUGGAAAAGCGGAUAAUUUCUUUGUUUUAAUAAGAGACAUUAUGUGUGAAUUUCCAGACAUGAAAUGUACACUGCCUAAGUUAGAGGAGAAGAUGAGAGAAUGGCAGGAAUCUACAUCAAGUUCACUAAAUGCCUGGUUUAAACAACAUACUAACUGGCCUGAUUGUGUUUUAUCAGCUCUUAAAUUUCUAUCUGGAGAUGCAUUAGGCUAUGGAGUAGAUAAUUUUAUACCAUAUGUAGAUUAUAAAGAAAGACCACAACAUUGGAAAUGGAUUGGUGUUGGUCGUGAUUCCCCUGAUAAAUUGUUGCCGUUAUAUAAUUACUGGCUACAGAAUAAAGAUGGUCAUAUGUUUGAUGGUUUUGAAGCUAAUCAGAGUACUCCUCCACCAGCUAGAAGUAAAACAGAUUAUGUAGUUAAAGCAACAACAGAAGAAGAAAAAGAUAAAUUUAGAGAACAGGAAGAACAACGUUUUUAUGAACCUCACAAACCCUACACAUAUUCAGUACAUGGUUACGAGUCUGUAGUUGGUCCUGUUAAAGGUGUAUAUAGUAAAGAUAGUGCUAUGACUAAAGCCAGAGAACAUGCAUUAUUAAUAUCAGAUCGUCCAGCUUAUGUCACCAUACUAACCAUAGUACGAGAUGCAGCUGCUAGAUUACCCAAUGGUGAAGGUACUAGAGCUGAUAUUUGUGAAAUAUUAAAAGAUUCUCAGUUUCUAGCAACAGGAGUUACAGAUGCACAGAUAAAUACUGUUGUUAGUGGAGCAUUAGAUAGAUUACAUUCAGAAAAAGAUCCAUGUGUUAAAUACGAUGUCAACAAGAAAAUAUGGAUCUAUUUACACAGAAAUCGUUCAGAACAAGAAUUUGAGAGAAUACACCAAGCACAGCUAGCUGCAGCCAAAGCUAAGAAAUCUCUUCAAAAACCAAAAGCUUCAAAAGCUAGCAAGGAAUCUGCUAACAGUACCACUAGUCCUAGAGGUAAUAACACAACUACACCAAGUACAACUACAGCUUCUGAAAUAAAUAUUGAAGAUCUGGUGGCACAAGCACAUGCACAAGCUGUGUCAAGUUCCCAGUCACAUCAAAGUCCAAAACGAUCAACAACCAUCGCAAAUCAACUGAAAUCACAAAAAAGUAGUCCUAGAGGUGGAACACAGAAGCAGACGUCGGUUAAACUCAACGUGGCAGCUCAGUUAGUAUCAACAACAUCAGGUCUAACAAUAGUUACUGCUUCUCAAGGGUUACAGACUGCUGCACAAAUACUUCAGUCUGCCACUCCUACCACUGGUAUAUCUCGUCCAGCAGUAGCAACGCCAAAUAAAGAAAUGAUGUUUACUCAUGCCCAGGCUCUGAAGAUGUUACAAGAAGGUUCUUUAACAGCUGUGACCAAUCCACAAACUUCCAAGCAAGAAAUAUUUUUACAAAGACAGGUUUCGGCACCCCCAUCGUCACUUGCUGCUCAAGGAGUAUCAGCCACAGCUAAGUUAAUGGCUUUAAGCCAUGGUUCCAGCGUAGGAACUACGACAGUCUCAUCUCAACCAUCAUCAGCACCAGUCACAACAGAAAAUCCAGUGAUGGCACGGGUGGUACAACAUAUGUCUGGUGCUCAGAUGGUAUCAGUUGGUAACAUAUUAGCUGCGGGUCAGCCUAGAAUUCCUGGAGCCCAAGUACCUCGAACAACUACCAUUAAAAUACAAGGUGGCAGUAUAGUACAUCCUGUAGGAGGAGGAAAACCAUUUCAAUUAACCGGUACCCCAAUUGGAAAUAAAGGUCUGGUACAGAUUGGGGGUAAAGGCCAUCCAUUAGGAUUAAUACAGACACCACAAGGAACUAUUAUAUCGAUACCACAGAUGGUAACUAGUGGUAUAAUGACGUUCUCUCAACCUAAAAGUUUAGUGGCUGUUGCGGGAAGUAAGCCUACCACAGCUGUAUCUCUACCGACAACUGUAACAUCUUCACAAGCCAGGCCCCCUGCUACCUCGACAGCUAAUGUAGGUCAGACUCUACAAGUUGUUAAUAGUCAACCUAAAGUUGUAACACCAUCACAAGCUGGUAUAGUAGUUACACAGUUAGCUCCUGGCAGUAUCUCUUUACGACAUGGUUUACAUGGUAUAGGCCAGAAUAAAGUUUUACCUGGUCAAGGUGGUCUAGUACCUACACAGUUUAUAUUACAGCAAUCACCUGGUGGUGGUAUAAAAACAUCUACUACAACAGAUAAUACAUCAACUACACAAGGUACACCUAUUAUAGUGAGUAACACGGCAGGUAAAGGAGGACAGAAUCUACAAGUUGUUCGAACUGUCUUAUCAUCACAGGGUCAAAUACGUCCUGGUCAAGCUACUAUACUUAUAUCACAACCCACAUUACAACAACCUGGUAGUAAUGUCCUACCAGCUGGACAGAUCAUGCAAGCUAAUACUAAAACACCUGGUCGAGGAUCUCCUAAAGGAAAAGCUCAACCAGUUUAUGCUCGUAUUAUUACGCCUCCUCCUGGAAUAACUCUAAAAGCCAUGGCACAAGGUCAAGCUGGAACAGCACUGGGGGUCAGCAUGAUUCAGACAAUGGGAAAGAUUAUGACAAGUACAGCACCUCAAACUGUCACUUCAGUAGCUGUUUCACAAGCUCAAUCAGCAACUGUUGUUCCUUCAGAUGCUGCAUCUCCUUCACGGACGGGUAGUGCUGCUGCCAGACAGGGACAAUGAUACAUUUGUGAAUAUUUAAGUUUGCUUGUAAACAUCCUAUAUGGCGUGAUCUUCCUAUGUGGACUGAUCAAUGUUGCUGUGUGGAUAUGUAUAUCCAUUAUGACUUUAGCUGUAGAGGAAAAAAGGGUGUAGAUGUGUUUGACCUUUCUUCUUUACUGACACCAGCUGACAGAUUUGAAACGUGUAUCAUGAUGCGUCCAUUAGUGGCCUUGAUUACCGGAUACAUCACUGGAUAACAUGAUGUGAACACUGGACACAUGCUAUGAACAUGAAGCAGAAACAGAUACCCAAUAUAUUACUCUUGACGGAGACUAGUGAUCAGUCAAAAACUGCUACACCCUAUUCAAUGGAAAAUGUAAAUUCAAGACAUAUCAGAUGUUAAUGAGUCUUUAAAAUAUUCAUAGUCAAUAUGUGAGUGCUAUUUCACGUUCCAAGCAUGGUAUUUACUAGCAACAAUGUCUGCCGAGUCAGUGUCAUGUGUACCAUGAUUAACAGUGUUCAGAGUUAAUGUCAGAAGUACAAUGAAUAACAGUUUUCAGAAUCAUUGUCAGCAGUACAAUGAUGAUGAACAGAGUCAAUAUCAGCAGUACAGAACAUGUACUCACAGUUAAAGAGACACAUUAGACUCGUUUGGGUAGACUGUGUUCAUCAUGUUAAGUACUGAAUAUGGGCAACUGGUUCAUAUGAUAUAUUUCAAUUCACAAUUAGGGCAUUCAUGAGCAGUUACAUGUGCCAUUGGAGUGGAUAUUCAUUAUAUGAGUCAACGAAUUUGUAAUAUAUUUGUCACCGGUGUAGCUGUAUAUAGAAACCUAUGUGCUACAGUUUCUUUCUUUGUAAACUGUUUAAAUCACAGAUUUAAAUCUGGAUACAAAGAAAUAUCUAUUCUGGUAUUGUACAUAAAUUGUUUACAAACAUAGUACUAAUAUAUUAUAUAUAACAUGUACCUUUGAAAAUAUAAGUGCUCGGUACUAUAUAGAUAUGUCA